UUGCAGAACGGUGACGGAUGAAAUCAUAUAGACGCAGAAAUGAGAAUAGAAACUGACACUGACAGUGCUCGGUGACACUGGAAAACAUAGUUUGUGAUUCAAAAUGCACCCAUCCUCCUGUGACACCUUUGUGGCUCUGCCCCCCUCCACUGAGAGACAACGCAUCAUCUUUGGGAAAAACUCUGACAGGCCUUGUGAUGAAGUACAAGAGGUUGUGUAUUUUCCUGCCAGAGACUAUGUUGCAGAGGAGAAGGUUGAGUGUACAUACAUAGAGAUUGAGCAGGCUGCCCACACUCAUGCAGUUGUGUUGAGCAGACCAGCGUGGCUGUGGGGGGCAGAAAUGGGCGCAAAUGAGCAUCAAGUGUGUAUUGGAAACGAAGCAGUGUGGGGCCGAGAGAGUGCAGAGGGCGACGAAGCUCUUCUCGGCAUGGAUCUUGUCAGGCUUGGACUUGAGAGAGCCGACACAGCUGAGAAAGCUGUGGAUGUUAUUACUGAGCUGCUGGAGAAAUAUGGCCAGGGAGGAUCUUGCAUGGAGGAUGAGUGUGGCUUCACCUAUCACAACAGCUUCCUCAUCUCAGACAGGGUGGAGGCAUGGCUGCUGGAGACGUCAGGGAAGUACUGGGCAGCAGAGAGAGUGGAAGGUGGAUAUCGCAACAUCUCAAACCAAUAUGGCAUAACAACUAAGAUAGACAAGGAGCAUCCAGAAAUGAGGGAAUAUGCACGAAGCAAGGGCUGGUGGGAUGGAAAGACUCAGUUCAACUUUGCCACGGUCUUCUCCUUUAUGACUACAGCCAGAAUAGAAGCCUCUGGGAGCCGAUACUGUGAGGGGAAGAAGUUGCUGGAAAAGAGCAACGGUCACAUCACUGCUGAGACGAUGAUGGAUAUCCUGAGGGAUAAAGCUAGUGGCAUCAACAUGGAGGGCAUGUUCAUGACAACAGGAAGUAUGGUGUCUGUGAUACCCAGGGAUUCUGCUCUGCCAGGGGUUCACUAUUUUACAGCAACUCCAGACCCUGAAAGGUCUGUGUUCAAACCUUUCAUCUUUGUGAAAAACAUCAAUCCACUGAAGGAGACCUCUUCUCCCAGUUAUGGUCCAGAUGACCCUGUAAAGAAGAAGCCCCGCUUCCAGAGCAAGCCUGACCGCAAACAUGAGUUGUUUGUCAAACAUGAACUAGUAGCUGCAAUUACUGAAUCCUACAAGGACAGAGGAAAGAAGAUCACAGAAGGUAUGAGGCAGCUGGAGAAGGAAAAGAUGACACAGAUGGAGGAGGUUCUUUCACAUGGUAUUGAGGAACCUGAUUUUUUGGUUAAUCUUUUCUCAAGCUCUGUUAAGGCGGAGAUGGCUGUGUACAGCAAAAGCUGAGAGACCUGCUACUUUUUGGAACCACAAAUCACAUCUCAAGGGCGACAGUAGCAGUAUAUGCCUCUUGUAUAAUAAAUCAGUAAAUGAGAACACAACUGAAUAGUAAUUAACAUUGUAUUAAAAAAUCUGCAGCCUAGGAUACUCAGGCAAUAAAAUUCAUGAACACCAUGCUGUACAAUAUGGACUAAAAUGUUGACUUUUAUGUACGAUAUCACUGACCAGAAAUACAAGACAGAACAAAUUCAUUAUGUGAUACAUGUUUUGAGGGUUUAGUAAUAACAUCUUUUAAAACAAAUCCAUAUCAUAAAUAUGCAGCUUUUAACAGAAUAAAAAGACAAUUUUACAACA